AUGGGGAUGUUCUGGGAUAUUUGGAGACUGACUGGGAGGAGAAUCGAGGAGAAGUACACAAAGAAAGUACAGGAAACUGGGCGGAGGGGGAAACUGGAGGUGGACACCACCUGUUCAUGUGGACGAUACCGGCCCCACUGGGACGGCCAGCUGGAUGUCUGCGGGAGGAGAUCUGCCAUGUUGGAAGCAGAGGUCCAACCUUUACUGCUCAUUCAUGGCUUUAACACCAAUCGAAUGUUCGUCUCGGCCCUGCAAACUGUGUGCCAGGCCUACGUGCUGAGCAUAAACACAGACCCUCCUUACAUCAGAGAAAGUCAGCAUAAACACCUGCCGUCAUUAAGUGUGUACGGAUCAGCCUAUCAGACGCCUCCGCUUAGCGCCUUCUGCCAGACGUGCUUUGCCAGGAAAUCAUGCGUGUUGUCCAGCCACCUCCAUGAAGCCAAUCACAACAGCAGGGACCUGGAUUCGAAAUGCUGCUCGCUGCUGCAGGUGCCAGAUCCGCGUUCGAGUCACAAAGCGCUGAUACGUUCAGAGGCCACAACCAAAGAGCUUCCACUGAUGUCAGGAAGGCAAAAUGCAGCAACAUUUAUGAAAAUUGCUGGAAGUAAGAAUCUAUACAAAACAAACUGUGGAAGUCAUCGAUGGAACAAAGUCAAUGUCAAGUUACUGUCAAAGUUGGCACUUGAAGGCUUGAGUCAAGACAAACAACUUGAGUAAAUUUGUGUCACAUCUGAAACAAACAGGGUUUAAUAGAAAAGGUCAUGGCGGUAUAGUGUUGGGCUAGCAAUGUGUACAACUGGGUUUGAGUCCUGCUCACGCUGCCUGUCUGUAUUCUUGGCCUAGACACUUCACCUGCAUUGUCUCGGUCCACCCAGCUGUAAAUGCGUACUGGUUUUGGCUGGUGAAGUAACCUGCAAUGGGGUAGUGUCCAUUCAAGGGGGAGCAGUAGAAUCUGAUCUGAGUAUUAGGACGGGCACCAGUGGGCCUCAAGAGUCAAUAUGUAACCUACAGGGAUAACACAUUCUCGAUGAUCUCUCGCAGAGAACACUGGACCACAGAUCAGGCUGCUGAACCUACAUGAGGUCCAGGUGGGCCGACACAUUCAGGAAGAAACAGGCUGGCAGAUAUGAAGUUUUCAGAUAACAACGCUUUUAACAUCCUGCUGUCAUGUGGCAUAGAGAGCAUCAUCUAUGGCUGUGUCCAAAUUCAGGGGCUGCAUCCUUCUUAGGCUACAUUUGUUGGCUGCAUAUCUCAUUUCGAAGGAUCCUUGGAAAGCAAUGAAUGUGUGCAGUUAUUUUUUACCUGAAAAUGUUGCUACACAACAGGCGUAUCCUUCACUGGCCCAAACAAUCCCAUGAAUCAUUGCACAGUGAUUUUUUUUCCCCCCAACAAAAUGGUUCAACAAACAAACAAAUAAAUGAACAAACAAGAAAGGACACUGUUGGUUUCUAUACAAGUAUAAAUAAGUUUUGAAAAAUAAUGAUUAAACUACAGGUUACACCCAGUACGCCAAUUUCUCAUGUGCAGCUGUCAAGGUUGCCAGGUGGGAAAAGCUAAUAAUGUAAUAUAGUCCGUGGGCAAAGCAGGUUUUCGGUAUCACUUAAGAGGACUAAACGACACUUACAAUACAGUCUCAGAGUACCACGGCCUUCAGAAAAAAAUGUAUGAUAGCUGUAGUCAGGUAGGGGU